GUUGUGAAGCAAUUCAGUGAGGUAAGGUUUCAGAGCUGUCAAAUGGAUAGUCACAUGGCUCUGAAGUCUUGCGGUUUCGCUGUGAAUCUUUCUAUUGCAGUAGGCGGGUCUGAGUGUCAUCUGAAUGUGAGCAGAUUGUAAAGGAGAGGUCACUCUGCUUUCUACUAGAGGAGUGUGUGAGAAAAGAAACGUGCCUAGCCUGUCAAAUCUGUCUGUUUGUGCUUGGGAUCCAGUGAGGGGUGACACACUGCAGCAAGUGGCGAGCAGGGGAUUGUAGAGACCAGAAUUUCCGGGUGAAACUGACACAGGAACAGGUGAAAUUGAACGGAUUGACGUUCAAUGGAAGCGGAGGUUCAGCAGCAGGUUGUCACGAUGGUACAGCCUAUGCCUGGAUAUGGCGAGCUGCUGGAGAAAGGCUUCUCCCGGAUGAACACUGCGAUCGCUGAGUGCACGGACUGCGGCUUCGAGCUCUCCAAAAGGACCCUACUGGAGAAUGCGUCCCUCACCGUAACCGAGGGGUUUUUGUUCCUGAUUUGUGCCGUGGCCUGGACUCUCCUUCGGAAGGCUGCUUCGCGUUACCUUUUUCAGCCAUUAGCUCGCUGGUGUGACCUGCCACUCCGAGAUGCUGCCAAGAUGCCAGAAAGUGCGUGGAAGCUGACUUUCUACACGGCCUCCUGGUCCUACAGCACCUACCUACUCUUCCUGACAGAUUAUCCCUUCUUCCACGAUCCACCUUCCGUCUUUUAUGGAUGGAGAGCGACAAUUGAUGUCCCUAAAGAUAUUGCCAUUGCUUACCUGGCUCAGUGCAGUUUCUAUGGGCAUGCAAUCUAUGCCACUGUCUACAUGGAUGCCUGGAGGAAGGACUCUGUUGUGAUGUUAGUCCAUCAUGUGAUAACACUGUCUCUAAUCGCCUUCUCCUAUGCCUUCAGGUAUCACAAUGUCGGGAUCUUGGUUCUUUUCCUGCAUGAUGUGAAUGAUAUUCUGUUGGAAUUCACUAAACUCAAUGUUUACUUCAAAAACCGGGCUGGUGUCCGCCACAAGCUGAAUGAUGUGAUUUCCAACAUUGGCUGUUGCUCCUUUGCAAUAAGUUGGUUCUGGUUCCGACUUUACUGGUUCCCCCUCAAGGUGCUGUAUGCCACCUGUUACUCCAGUCUCCAGUCUGUUCCCAAUAUUCCUUUUUACUUUUUCUUCAACAUUCUGCUGCUUCUCCUCACUCUGAUGAAUAUCUAUUGGUUUAUGUAUAUCAUCUUGCUGGUGGUGAAGGUCCUGACUGGCCAAGUCUCGGAGGUCAAUGAUGUGCGAGAGUAUGACAUCGAGGAUAGUUCAAGUGCAGCUGUAUACAAGAAAUAUGAUCACCUUCACUGCCCUAAGGACGGAAUGCGACAAAGGAACGGGAUCAUUGUGCACAGGCAUCUAUAAUACAACCUGACACCAGCUCCAUCACCCUGUUUACAGUCCAGAUUUGCUCUCAAUUAAGGGCCAACUCCAGUCCUGACUUGUCCAGACUUCCGUGAUCGGGAAUGAAACCACAACAGAAGAUGUUCUAUUGAUGGUGCAGUUGUUGUUUCGCGUCUGAUUCUUUUUUUGCCCCCUCGGGGCAAUCUUUGGAAGUUGCUGGAUUUCCACUUUAUCUCUCUAUUGUUCUUGCCCUAUUUCUCUCGCUCUCUCUGUCUCGCCCUUGCCCUCUUUCUUGUUCUCAAUCUCCCUUCCUGUCUUGCUCUCGCUCACUCAUGUCUUAAUAAUGUUUUUACUGUGAAUCAUUUCUCUAAGCCUUUGCAAAGACUGCAUGCAAUGUCACACUAGCCUCACUCAAAUGUACGUGUCACUGUGAAAGGCUGAAGUGAGUUCCUGGGCCUUUGUGCUUGGAUUUCCCACUCACUUCUCCACUAGCAUUGGUAUUGGUUGGUGUUGGGAGGCUCCCCCACAACGUGAUACUCUCCUGUUCCCAAAUUGCCCCCUGCCAAGGACACGCAGUUCACUACAAAAGCCUCAAAAUAGUCUUCCAGUCCUUGCGUGACUACCCAUCCGAACACCUGAACAAAAUCGGUCCCACAGCAAAUUAUAACUGUUCAUCUUGUGGUGUGUGCUGAGAUUAUCGUGGUCAUUGCUAGACAGGCUCAGGACAAACUAGUGCCCCAUACAGGUGCCCCCCCCAAUCAAUGGGGUCUCAGUACAAAUCCCGAAUGGACUUGCAGUGGAGUUUGUGUCUCUCUGCACAUUCCUGGGAGAGCUCCAUCUGCGAACUGUCUUGGGCCAAUUGCCCAACCCUCAACAAAUGAGAAUGCUAUUGCUUGGGCUUUGCAGAUUUGCACUAAAUAAAUAAAACAAAAUUUUCUUUUUCUACAGUGAGGUUAGGUAAUGUGUACCCAGGUCAUUAAAGGAACCCUCUGCACAUCUCUCACAAUUCUUUCUCAUACAUCCCACCAUCUCCUUUGAUUGCUUACAAAGGCCAAUCCCAUCACAAUACACCAUCCUUAAAUAAAACUACCCGCUUUCCUCAUCCUGGUCUGGAUGUGUCCCCAUAUGUAGCUGAGGCUCCCCAAAAUGCAGGACCUAUGGUUCAAAGAGGCCGCGGUGCCCCUGGGCUAAAGAGAAGGGGCAAACCUGUCGAGGGUUAAUUGUGAUGUGACUAAUGCUGUCAAUGGUGAGAGUUGACCAGGGUGAGCCAGUGAUGCUACAUUAUGGGUGGAAAGCUGCCUCCUGGUGCUGUUAUACCCUGUUCUGAGGUGGGCAUUGCUUCGUUUGAAUGGGUGAUGGUCUCCGGAGCCAUCUAGGAUUCGUUUUUUUUCCAGCCUCCUCCAGCUCCACCCCCACAUCCUGUCAGCGAGGCUAACCAAGAUGCUUCCUCUCAAAGUGCAAUCUAAACUGAUCUGGGGUGCUCUUCGGUGCAAACGAGUCAGAGGAGACCUUUCAGCCCUUCAAGCCUGUUCCAUCAUUCACUGAGUUCAUGGCUGGUCUUAUCUUGGCUCCUAUGCACCCAUCUCCAUUCCACAUCCUCGACUUAAUGAAAAUCCAUCAGUGUCGGUCUGACAUAUGCAGUUGACCUCAAGGCUCGUGUUCUAGAUCACCACUGCCCCUUGUAUAAAGAAAAUGAGCAUUUUGCCAUUACUGUCCCUAUCACUGGCUAAAGAGGACCUCAAAAAUUCUUACCCUGGACUGCUAUCCAUUAACCCAGUUGGUGAGAGUGUCUGUUGGAUCCUCACCAGUGGAGAGGAUCUGGAUCACUGGUGAUAUUGCUAUCAUUUUAGAACUUACCAGAAACUAUCAUUCAGGUUUAUAGGAGCCAUGUAUAAUGAGUGAAGGACUAGAGGUUGAAUGGUAACUAUAGAAUCACAAAGUAAGAAGAAAAUAGCAAAUCCUUUGGAAGAAGCGAAAAAUUUCUUUAAUUAUCCUGGCCUCCAAAAUCCUAACAAUCUCUGUCUCGUGUACACUCAUUAACUGGGCUUCCACAACUCCCUGGUGGAGAGAAAGGGGAUGUUUUCUAAAAUAAAAACUCUUUCAUGUGAUGUUGGGCAAGGCCAAAGCCAUUGCUGACUGUCCUUAGAUUUCUUUGGCCAAUUUGGAGCCCAAUGCAUGGCUGUGGGUCUGGAGUCACAUGUAAGCCAAACCAGAUUUCUUUCCCUAAGGGACAUUGGGUAACCAGGUAGGCUUUUACAUUUGAGAUGAGACUAGCUUUGAAUUUGAGGUUUAAUUACCAAAUAUUACUUUCACCAGCUGCUAUGGUAAGACUUGAACCUGCAUCGCUAGAGCUUUAGCAUGGGUCUCUGGACUAUUAAUUGAAAAUCCAUACUGCAAUGCUAGCAACUCUCUCAAGGCCUGUACCUUACAAUCUCCUAGUACGAUAUCCUAACCAAGCAUUUCUUCGAUAGUAGAAAUGUGGUGAAGAGAAGAGAUAGACACCAAACUGGAGUCUUGUGGUGAAUGAGGGCUACAUCUUUCAGCUUGAGUUUGAUUGUCACAAAAUGAAUCAAUUCUUUCAGAUAUUUGUUAUUGAGCGAGGGACAAAGGCGGUGAGUUCUGUACUAGUUAGUCAGACGUGAGGCCAGUGGGAAGCAUAGGAAUAUAGCCAGUUUUUUAAAAAUGUAUAUAAAUAAACCAUGUUUGCAUUAUCAGCUAGUAAAUUGAGCUAAAGCUUUAUUUGAUACCCCACUGGGAUUUGAACCUGAGCUCCCAAGCCAUUAACUUAGAGCUCCAGAUUACCAGUCUAGUGACAUUAUCACAAUGGCAUCAUCUCCCCUCCUUUAGAUACCAGACAAUCUCUGGUACAUCCCUCCAACAACCAUUCUUUGCUCAAACUGGAGAGGGCCUGAGCGGCGAUCAAGAGUUGAAAGCAAAAACAGAAAUGGCUGGAGAAACUCAGUAGGUCCGGCGGCAUCUGAGGAAAGAGGAACAGAUUCAAUGUUCUGAGUCCAGUGACGCUUCUUCAGGAUAGCUUUGGAGCUUUGUUUGCUCUCUGUCUGGGCUGUGAAGUGGCGUCCCAAAGUCAGACAUUAACCAGGAGGUACAUUAUCAAUAGGCAGGCCUCAGAUAAUCCCCUGUACUUGACCACACUCGUGCUGAGGCACCGAUUCAGCUAGUGAUCGUGUAUCUAGAAGAUCCCCAGAUCCCCCUCGCACCCCAUCCAACCAUCACAUCCUGAUGAAUAGGCGUAAAAAGUCAAUCUCAACGAUUUCACUCAUCACUUGUAUGCCAAUGGUCUUGCCUGUUUGUGCAUGUCUUCCUGAACUAAAGUAGAUCACUGCAACCAUAUGAUAAUGAGACAUAAAUACUUUGUACAAUACAAAAUAAAA